AUGCUCAGGGACCCCUUAUUUUUGGGCUUUGCUGGGCUUUGCAUGGGACUUUGCAUAGCAAAUCUGCGACCCGGGGCGGGCUGGCUGCCAGGCGGGCUAACCCAAGGGGGGAAAGCAUGCAAGCAUGGGACAGCCAUGGUGCGGUUCGGUGCGGUACCGAUGGCGAAAGGAGCGACAGAGUCGAGGAUUGCGCAAUCGGAUGUGGUUCUGAUGCCAGAGACGUGUGUAAUUUUGGAUAUGAUGCGCAAUGCGCCUCUAAGACUUUCUGUGUCUGGUUUGACUUUUAAUUCUAUUGGCACGACCAUUUUGGAGAAAAACAAGCGCAACAAGAGCACCAAAGGAGGAAAAGCAUGGAGAUUUUGGGCCAGAAACUUGGGGCUAACGACAAAGGAUGGAUCGUCCGUCCAUAUUGGUCUUGGAGAACGGAUGGUCAAACCUACCUAUGGUAAGGUAAGCCGUAGGGCUAGCAAAAAGGGUGGGUUGGAUGGUUUGGCAACUUUGGUCAGGUUCUGGGGAGGGGGGAAAAGAAACAGUAGAGUUUGUGGGAGCUCUCAAGGCUGGCAGAGUUGUGCUCUAUCACACCGAAACUAUUGGCCGACAACUUUGCACAUCGGCAGGCUGGCGUACCCCGGCAUCAACGAUCAACGUACCGGCGGGCAAAUAUCCACCCCAACAAUGCGGCAACGUGAGGUGAAGGUGAAGGUGGGUGUCAUUGUCCAGCCCGUGUUUCGGAGACGCUUCCUCACUCGCUUUCAAUUUCACAGUCGCUUUCGACUAGGUAUCAACAGCAACCAGACGAUCUGGCACGACGUAACUUUCGGAACGGCCCCUCCAUCUCAUUUCACUGCCGCCCCUUGA